CGCGCCUCCCGGCAGCCGGUAGGGUCAGCCCCGGUCCGCCCCUCCAGCCCCCCUGGCUUCCCAGCGCCGCGCCGAGGUGAGCGGGACUUUCUGGAACCGGCUUUCUGGAACCGGGUCGAGAUAUAAAAGCCGAAAGUUUUUCUCACUGGAACGCUGAAUACCCAGGCCCCCCCCACCAUGGCCAACAGGGGUGGGGGCCGGGGGCGUGGCCGGGGCCAGCUGACCUUCAACAUGGAGGCUGUGGGCAUUGGGAAGGGGGAUGCUCUGCCCCCACCCACCCUGCAGCCUUCUCCUCUCUUCCCUCCCCUGGAGUUCCGCCCAGUGCCUCUGCCCUCUGGAGAAGAGGGGGAAUAUGUCCUGGCACUGAAGCAGGAGCUGCGAGGGGCCAUGAGGCAGCUCCCCUACUUCAUCCGGCCAGCUGUCCCCAAGAGAGAUGUGGAGCGUUACUCAGACAAAUACCAGAUGUCAGGGCCGAUUGACAACGCCAUUGACUGGAACCCUGACUGGCGCCGUCUGCCGCGGGAGCUGAAGAUCCGAGUGCGGAAGUUACAGAAGGAGCGAACCACCAUUCUGCUCCCGAAGAGGCCCCCUAAGACGACAGGAGAGAAAGAAGAAACCAUCCAGAAACUAGAGAGCCUGGAGAAGAAGGAGGAAGAAGUGACCUCAGAGGAAGAUGAGGGGAGAGAGGAAGAGGAAGAGGAAGACAAGGAAGAGGACGAGGAGGAGUAUGAUGAGGAAGAGCAUGAGGAGGAAACCGAUUAUAUCAUGUCAUAUUUUGAUAACGGAGAGGACUUCGGAGGUGACAGUGAUGACAACAUGGAUGAGGCUAUAUACUAAAGCAGGACCCUGAGCAGCACCCAGGAGUUCGCUGUCUUUCUGGAUUUAAGACGCAGCAUGACUGUGCCUACCCAGGGCUAGUGGACCAGCGAGUGGUGCCCAGAGUCGAGGAACCUGCCCAGCCCCUGGAGUGGGCUGCAGAGACGGAUGACCAAUGGAUGACUGUGCUCUUUCUGCCCCCCCCCC